AUGGCUCAAAACUUAAAUCUAACGCUGAAGAGGCACAGGCCACAUGAAAAUAUCCAUAGGAAACAGGAUACGAAGAAGUGUAAACGUGUUGAAGACGAAUCAGUCGCAAUGUUUUACGAAGAACAGACAAUCUAUAUGGAUUUUUUGCAUUCUAACAAGAGACCCUUUUACAAUAAAGGCCUUGGUGAAGACUUAAGUCACAUGGACGCAUACCUUAUGCAUUCUUUGAAUCACAUUUUUAGAACUAGAGAUCUUAUCAAGAAGAAUGAAAGUAAAAUUUCCAAACUUUCUGAAGAGGAAGUUCUUUCGGAUGGUGGAUUUCUAGACCAAUGUUUUACUCGUCCAAAGGUACUGAUUCUACUACCAUACAAGAGUAUUGCAUUCCGCGUUGUGAAGAGGCUGAUACAAUUAACUCCUGCAGAAGCACAAAGGGUUAAUGUAGACAACCUUGACCGGUUUAAUAAGGAAUUUGGAUGUGAUGACGGUGAUGUGAAGACAUUCAAAUAUGGGAAAUCAGAAAAGCCUUCUGAUUGGCAAGCGCUUAUUGGUGAGGGGAACGAUGAUGAUAUCUUUAUGAUAGGCAUUAAGCAUACAAAGAAGAGCAUUAGGCUGUAUAGUGAUUUCUAUUUAUCGGACAUGAUUAUUGCUUCACCCGUUGGGAUAGUAAUUAAGGCCAUUGGUAAAGCAGAAGAAAACAAGGAACUAGAUGUUGAUUAUCUAUCCUCCAUCGAGGUUUUGAUUAUCGAUCACGCAGACGUAAAGUCUAUGCAGAAUUGGAAGCACGUUGAAACAGUCGUCAAACAAUUAAACAGAUUGCCAUCAAAACCACAUUCUCUCAGUAAAUUUCGUCUUAUGUUUAGGUAUCUGGAUGGACUUGCACGGUUCUAUCGACAGUCGAUAUUUCUAAGUUCUUAUUUAACCGCAGAGAUGAAUACUCUAUUCAAUCACCAUUGCUUGAACUAUAAAGGAAAGAUGAAGCUGGAGUCUGAAUAUAAAGGUGUUCUUCGGAAAGUGUUGGGCAAUGUCAUUCAGAAUUAUGAAAGAUUUGAUGCAGACUCCAUGGUCCAAGCUGAGCGUGCACGUUUUGAAUAUUUUACCAAAAAGGUGUUCCCAAGGAUUAGAGAUUCUGUUCAGGGAGGAGUAAUGAUCUUUAUCAGUUCUAAAUCCGAGUUAUUCAUGCUUAGAAAUUUAUUGAAUUCGCAAAAUGCCUCUUUAUGCACUCUUCACGCAGAUGCUAGUAACAAGGAGAAAUCACGUGCACGACAAGAGUUCUUUGAAGGGAAAAAAAAGAUCAUGCUUUACACUGAGAGAGCAUACUUCUUUUGGAGAUACCAGCUGAAAAGUAUCGUUGGGGAUGUUUCAGCAAAGAAAAUGAUCAGUUCUGAGAAUAGCACUUUUUAUUUCCGUUAA